AUGGACAGGGCCACAACUGUAGCCGUGAUAGGUCUAGGACCGGCCGGCCUCGUAGCACUGAAGAACCUCAGAGAGGAAGGUUUUCACGCCACAGGCUUCGACCGCAAUGAAUACGUUGGCGGUCUUUGGCAGUACUCAGCGAAAGAGCAGACCUCGGUCAUGGAGACAACUAGGGUUAAUAUAUCCAAGGAGAGAGGCUGCUUCACCGAUUUUCCCUUCCCGGAAGAUGUCCCAUCACACCCUGCAGCUGCACAAGUACAACAAUACCUAAUAGACUAUACAAGACACUUCAAGCUAGGACCGUAUAUGCGACUCAGCACUUCCAUCGAGCAGAUCACAUUCAACGAGGGGCGGCAGCAAUGGGUCUUGAAUAUUCAAGGUGGGGAUGAAGAGUACUACGACAAGGUCGUCGUAGCGAUUGGCGGCAUGAUCGGAAAGGCCAAUCUUCCAGUUGUGGAAGGCAUUGAGAGGUUUGCUGGGUCUAGUGUACACUCCCAAGGGUUCAAGCGGCCGAAAGAUUAUGAGAACAAAAGAGUCAUGGUCGUCGGCUUCAGCAAUAGUGCGGCGGACACAGCUACGCAACUCGUAGGUAUGGCAAACAAGGUAUAUAUGGCGCAUCGGCAUGGAGCUCGCAUUCUCCCACGGCGCAUCAAAGGCGUCCCGAUUGACCAUACGCAUAGCCUACGUCUCUUCACAGUCCAAAGCCUGAUCCUGAAAUACUUUCCGCAUCUCGGCGAACGUCUAUUCGACAAAUUUAUUAAGAAAAUGCAAGACAAGAGUUUCAAGAUCCGUCCUGAGUGGCGCUUCGAACAUGCAGGCAAAGUACCCGUAGUGUCUGAUACCCUAAUCCCUUGUCUCGAAGACGGUAGCAUCUCCUCGGUCGCAGGAAUAAGACGCGUUCUAGGCGCCACUGAAGUGGAACUGCAAGACGGAACUAGGCUUGAAGUCGACGCUAUAAUCUGGUGUACAGGAUACGCAUCAGAUUUCAGUAUGAUUGAGCCUCGCUUCGAUCCCACAUGUCGUCCCCAGCAAUGGCUUGAUGCUCCCGGAUCGAAUGGAAAGUCGCUUUUCCGUCUAUAUCAUAACGUCUUUUCACUGGAAAAGCCGGAUAGUUUGGCGUUCUUGGGCAAUGUUUCUAUAACACUUGGUGGAUUCCCCAUUUUUGAUAUGGCAUCUAUGGCUGUAGCCCAAGUCUGGGCGGGCAAAUCCAGUCUACCAUCGCUUUCUGCCAUGAAUUUCGCCGUUGGCAAGCAUCAUAUGUGGUUGGCCGACUCGGCGAAGCGCAUUCCCAACGUGUCACCAGGGCAAUGUGAGGCAAGUGAGUGGGUAAGGGCUAUGGACCAUCUUGCCGGUACGGGUGUUAACGAGUACCUGGGAUAUGGGUGGAAAGGCUGGCUUUUCUGGUUACGCGAGAGAAGAUUUUGCAAUCUGCUGAUGGGCGGUAUAUGGAGUCCGUCCAUACAUCGUGUAUUCAACACGGGGAAGAGGAAGUGCUGGGACGGAGCGAGGGAGGCCAUCGAAAGAGUCAACGAAAGGGUUGCUAUGAUGAGAGAAGAAGCGAAGAAGAAAGCAGUUUGA